AUGGAACAGUUAAGCCAUCUUCCUAAAACAAGAAGGCUCGUCACGGGCCAUAAUCGCGAAGCAAAGGCGAUUUUUGAGUUUGAUGAGUUACUCACGCCCGUCAAUCCAACUCCCAAAGGCAGCAGGCCGGGGACGUCGACAGACAAGCCGGUUGGCGUGACACUGAUUCAUCGCACUCGAAACUACCCGGUGAAGAUACAAGGUGGCAAGGAAGAACUCGCAGUGGAAAACGUACGUCGAGGUCAAGGGGAGAAAGGAAUUGUUUGUCAGAUCGUGGAUAUUCCUCCAACCCCAGAAGGCGCAACACCAUAUUUACACCGUAACGAGAGCCUUGAUUACGGUGUGGUGAUAAAGGGAUCCCUGCAGCUACUCUUGGACGAUGGACUUAUCGAGACUUUGAGAGAGGGAGACGUGUACAUUCAAAAGUGGGUGGCCCUGGCCAAUUCUGCUCUUGCUCAGCUGAACGUGGAGCAAGAAUUGAUGCUAACAUUGCUAACAUUGCUGUUUUAA